UUGGAAAGUGAUUCACGACUAAAUCGCAAGUAGUUCACGAGUGUUUGGGCUAUGUAUCGCACGUUCCGGCCACCGUCCGAUCACCGUUUUAUCAAAAGUAGAAUCAGUACGACGCGUAUUUCCGAUUGGAGCAGAGGCAUCAUUUACACGAAGAAACAAGGGAGUCAAGGCUUCGAUUUCUUCAUCGAUCAAACGACGAUCUCGCUAUUCAGAUAGCUUGCAUCAGAUAAACGAUCUUAAAGUUCAAGUGUACGAUACUGGUCGUGUAUAUAAGGAACGACUCGCUAUCAGAUUACACUUUGUACAACGUGGACAACGUACCUAGUGUUACCUAUCGAAACUCACAAGAUGCGUCUCUUCGUACUGAUAUUGGCCAUUGCGAUGGUGACCACUUGUCACGCCAUUGACCUCAAGGUAUUCCUCGAAAAAUUCAGGAAGACACUGCAGACAGGUGAUAGUAAACUUGGAAUUCCCGUUCUCGAUCCUUAUCAUCUACGUUAUACGUAUGUAAACAUUUACAAGGAGGGACUGGUCAAGAUGAAAGGAGAUCUGGAGAAUGUAAAUGCAAUUGGUUUCUCCGACUACAAGCCAGUUCGGGGAGAUUUCACACUGAUCGGUCUCAAAGUUAAACUCGAACUUCUUUGGGAAGAGAUGAAAUUGUCGUCUAACUACGCUUUGGAAGGAGUGCUUGGCGGGGAUAUUCAAUUCCAUGGGGUUGGAAAUAUCGAUGCCGUACUUAAGAAUCUGACCGUUUCGGCAGAGCUCUCACUAAAAGUCAAUAGCACAACGGAUCACCUGUACGUUAAGGACUCGAAAGUAAACGCUUACCUCGACAAACUUGAUUUCUGGAUCACCGGAUUGUACGACGACCCAGAACUAUCAAAAACGUUGAGCAAAGUCAUCUCCGACAUAGUGCCCGGCCUAGUGAACGAUUAUCAGGACCAAAUAUCACAAACCGCGAGUCCCAUUGUUGGAGAUAUAUUGAACAACGGAUUGAAGGGCCUGACGUUGACCGAUUUGAUAAAUAUCAUUACUGGCAACUCACUGAGUCGAACUGACUCUUCGAAGUAACGCUAACAUUGCUACACAGUAAAUUUCAAAUAAAGCUAGAUUUCUGUUGAUUUU